AUGGGAAAUGAGACUGAUAGGUUUCCUCUUAUGCAAUUCAAAGCCAAGAUAAGCAAUGAUCCAAAUGACGUCUUCAGCUCAUGGAAUGACUCUGUCCACUUCUGCAAAUGGCAAGGUGUUACUUGUGGCUCCAAACAUCAGAGAGCUACGUCUCUAAAUCUGCAGGGGUUGAGCUUGUCAGGCAACAUAUCUCCACAUGCAGGGAAUCUCACCUUCUUGAGGUUUCUCAGCCUUGGUAGCAACAGAUUCCAUGGAGAAAUUCCUCGAGAAGUUGGUCACCUCUUCAGAUUGAGAUUUAUCAACCUGACGAAUAACCAGUUGAGUGGUGAAAUUCAAGGUGGCAUCAGCAAUUGCUCAGAGCUUGCCAACUGCAGCAAUCUGCAACAAUUAUAUUUUGAUGGAAACAAUUUUGGUGGUGAAUUACCUAGCUCCAUUGGCAAUAUGUCUAACCUUGUCCAAUUAGGCCUAGGACGAUAUCCAAUAUCAGGAACAAUCCCAGAAGAGGUAGGGAAUCUUGUCAAUCUGUAUCGAUUAGAUAUGGAUGGAAACCUUUUUUCUGGUAGUAUCCCCAUUUCUUUUGGAAAGCGGCAAAAGCUGGAAAGGCUAACCUUAAAUCACAAUCUACUUUCUGGAGAAAUCCCAGUGUUCCUAGGUCCUUCACACCCAGAAGUAGGCAACUUGAAAAGUAUUAAUGCAUUUGAUGUCUCAGAGAACAUACUCUGUGGGGAAAUUCCUAAGACAAUACGCGAUUGUUCAAGGCUAGAAAUCCUUAACAUGCAGGGUAACUUCCUGCAGGGACCCAUUCCCUCAUCUUUCGUUUCUUCGAAAGGUCUCCAACGAAUAGAUCUGUCCAGAAAUAACUUGUCAGGAAAUAUUACAAAUGAGUUAGAGAAGCUAAUCUUCUUGCAAUAUUUGAAUCUUUCUUUCAAUAAUUUUGAGGCUGAGGUACCAAAAACAGGAGUUUUUAGCAAUGCAAACGCAUUUUCGCUUGUUGGAAAUAGAAAUCUUUGUGGAGGUAUCCCAGAAUUGCAGCUACCAGAAUGCCCUGGCAAAGAAGAGAAACACAGAAAGCCUUCCAUUGUUACAAUCCUCGCCACAACCAUCAGGAACUCUUGCAAGCAACUGGCAGAUUCUCUUCAGAAAACUUAA